ACACGUAACUACAGAUCCGAGCGAACAGGCCUUUAUUUACGCACGAUGUAGAUCUCAUUUCUACUAAAAGUUUACAUACUGAAUCUUUGAGGCGUGUAGAAGAACCAGGGUGUGACUUUACCUACAGAAGAUCUGCUGCUGAAAACCUGCUGACUUUACAACCUGCAGAGAAAAGUUCAGAGUGAAAGUUAAAGUAAACAAAACUGUAUGGAACCUUGUUCUCUGUGCAUGGAGUGGAAGAUCUACUCGUGAGGACCUGCUCAGGUUUGGUCCUGAUCUAAUGAGGGAUCCUGGAAUGUAAAGCCCUGAAGCUGAAGAAGGAAAGUUUUGGAGAAAGUUGUGUAGGGUGCAGGGUGGAGAAGAAGGAGAACAUGGGCAGUGGGGUUUGCUCCAGGAAGCAGAGAAAGAUCUUCCAGUCUCUGCUGCUCACCACUGUGGUUUUCGUGUUCAUCUAUGGAGGGAUGAUCUGGUAUGAGAUGCACCAGCAGCUCAGGAGAACCGAAGCCUUAGCACUAAAAUACCAGCAGCACCAGGAGUCUCUCUCAGCCCAACUGCAAGUUGUGUAUGAGCAUCGGUCCAGGCUGGAGAAAUCUCUUCAGAAAGAACGAGUGGAGCACAAGAAGGCCAAAGAAGAUUAUAUGGUGUAUAAACUAGAGGCUCAGCAGUCGUUAAAUAAAGAGAAGCAAGAUUCCAGCAGCAGGUUAAAUGUUCUACACUCACAGCAUCAGAUACUCAAGAACCAACAUGAGGAACUUAAGAAGCAGUUCUACGAGCUGCAGGAGCAGCACCAGGCUCAGGGUGAGGAUCACAGUAAAGUUGUGGAUGAACACCAGCAGAGAUAUGAUAACCUACAGCAGAUCAAAGAGCUGGAGGUCUCCAAAUUUAAAGAGAGUGUGUACAACCUGCGGGAGGAGAACAGACAGUUGAGGAAAGCUCAUCAGGAGGUCCACGUGCAGCUCCAGGAUACAAGGCAACAGCACAAAGAUUUAAAGGCUGCGCAUGAUCAGCUGUUGCUGACGCUGGAGGACCACAAGAGUGCGCUAGACGCAGCUCAGGUUCAGGUAAACGAAUACAAGCAGCUGAAGGAAACUCUGAAUAAAAUGCCCAGUCUGAGGAAAGGUGAAGAACAUCAACCUCCAGCAUCUCAGAUCAAUCAACCAGAGGAACAUCAGAACCCAGAGAACCAGGUGGUCCACCGGGAGGACAAAGGAGAGGCGAGGGAACUGGUAGCAGCUCAGGUGGGGCAGAAGAGGCAUGAAGAUGUGCAGCAGCCUCAGAUACCUGAAGAUCAAAAUCACCUCCAUCAUCAGAAAGAAGAGAAAGAACAUGAAGAAAACCUGCCGGAUGAAAACGCAUUAGAGAGGGAACGUCUCGCCGUACAGUCGGUGAACCCCACGCGGGUGAAAUCGGCGUACGAGCAGCAGCAGGACGAGCAGCGGCGCUUAGCCGCACAGCUGGAGGAGGAACAGCGGCGGCUGCUCCAGAGACAGGAAGAACUGCAGAAGGAACGGGAGGAGAGAGAACGGACCGAGAGAGAGAGGGCAGAGAGGGAGAGAGAGGAGAGAGAGAGGGAGGAGAGAAGGAUGAGAGCGGAAGAGCAGCACAGAGAAGCUGAGCUCAGGCAGCUGCAAGAGAAGCAGCUCAGGAAGAAGGCUGCAUAUGAGAACAUGCAUGUUGACGUUCACGGUGAGGAAGAGAACAACGAGCCCCACGAGGAGCAGCAGAGACACGAGGAACAAAAACCUCCACUUCAGGACGAGCACAUGGUGGACGCAGAAGUGGAUCCAGCAGACGAUCCCAACAACCAGGGAGAGGACGAGUUCGAGGAGGCCGAGCAGCAGGUCCACGAGGAGGAGGAGGAUGAAAAGCAGCCACUUCGUCCCAGGCACUCCCAUACGCAUAUAAUGAAAGAGGAUCAGCAGCAUCCUGGAGUCGACGAGCAGCUCGUGAUGGCAGGAAACCCAGACCAGCAGGAGGACAAUUUAGAAGAGCAGUAUCAGGAAGAAGGAGAUGAUGAGGCUCAGGAGGAUCUGGCUGAGGGACAAAAACCUGAAGAAGGGGGAGAAGAAGAGGCAAAUCCUUAUAAUGAGGAAAACGGAGAACAGGAUGACGCCAGAGAGCAGGAAGAGGUGGGGCCUGAAAAGCGAGCUGCCAGAGAGCCCAAUGAGGGGGAGAAUUACGAGGAAGAAGAGGAGGAGCCCGAUGAAGAUGCCAAUCACAGAGCGGAGAUGUGAGCUGUUAUUUACUGUAUGGGAUCAGAUUAGAAACUGUGACCGGAAUAAACACACACACACACACACAAAUCUGAUCUGAUUAAGUAUACACAUUAUUUUCUUUACUGUGCUUCUGUUAUAUGAAUCGGUCACUGAGGUUUCAGACGUGAUUAUUAAGUGUUUAUUAUAAAAGCUGACGGCGCCUCUUUAUAAAUGUUACUUUUAGUUUUUGUUGUUUAUAUUCAUGUGUGUUGGGGUUGGAGAGUUCUGGUGAUGAAUACUGUUACUGUCACUGAAUGUUGAAUCUGUUUGUUUGUUGCUGAUGACGAUCAGUUUUUCUCUCUAUAAUAUUUUAUUUUAAGCGGAGGACGUGAAAGUGCCGAAGCACCGAACAAUUUCUGUGUAAAAUAACCCGUUCAACAAUUCUGAAAACUAAUAAGUGUUGGGCUGGCUGUUGCCCAGUGUGUAAAAUGCCAUAUCAUGUUAAUUUUGUAUUAUUUUAUAUUAUUUGUUAUUUCCUUUUGCUGUAUGAGUUUCGUUUGCUAAGAUUAUUUAAAUUUGAGACGAUACCUCAUAGGUACACUAAAAACGAUCGACUUAAUUCGAACACUGUUCAGUUUCAAUUUAAUAAUGAUUUUAUCAUGGCUGUUUAGCUGAAAGGGCUUGGGGCUGAUUUUUUUCUGACCCACAUCACCCAGACCGCUGUUCGCUAAUCACAAGAUGUUGCCAUUCUGACAUUUACAUUUACAUUUUUAUUCUUUGGCAUUUAGCUGACGCUUUUAUCCAAAGCGACUUACAGCACUGUGACACUACACAGUCUAAGCAUUGCUCAAGGGGGGCGGCAAGGUGGCUUAGUGGGUCGCCUCACAGCAAGAAGGUCCUGGGUUCGAUUUCCAGGUGGAGCAGUCCGGGUCCUUUCUGUGUAGAGUUUGCAUGUUCUCCCUGUGUCUGUGAGCUCCGGUUUCCUCCCACAGUCCAAAGACGUGCAAGUGAGGUGAAUUGGAGACACAAAAUUGGCCAGGACUGUGUUCGACAUCGAACUUGUGUCAGUAACUACCGUUUCUGUCAUGAAUGUAACCAAACUUUGUAAAACAUGACGUUAAAAUCCUAACAAACAUUGCUCAAGGUUUAACAGUGGAAGCCUGUCAGUGGUGGGACCUGAACCAGCAACCUUCUGAUUACUAGUCCUAUACCUUAUAACCGCUAGGCUACAGCUGCCCUCAGUUGUGUUUAUUUUUUCUUUUAAAUCCUAUGUUAAUGGAUUAAUGCUUUGAUUAAAUUGAUGGCUUUAGUAAUUCAUUGCGAGUGGUGCUGCCGCAGUAAAUAAUGCUAGCUUACUACUACGAGGAUCCCAGGGUUCGAAUCCCCAGCAGUGCUAUCGACUCAUCGGGUGUCUACAUACAGACACAAUGGAGAUGCUGUCUGAAAGUGGGGUGGCUGAUACCCCGUGAUGGAUUGGCGUCCGGUACAGGGUGUGUCCCUGCAUUCCGGGGAAGCCGGACCCACUGCAGCCCUGACCAUGAUAAAGAGGUGGUGAAAGCUGAAAAAUUAAACAAAUUAACUGUUCAAGGUACGAACAUGGUGCAACAUUUAAUGCCACACUUUCCUGUUAUUGUCUUUGAUUUACUGAGGGAAAAAAUUUUUAUUACACGAAACUGAUAUAAACAAUGUAAACUGUGGGUAAAAUAUGAUUAGAACAUAUUUUAUACAGGUUGAUAAAGAGCAAAACUUAGUUUGUGUUACCGGACCGCUGGUCGGGUCUAAGUCUCAGCACUGUGGGUGCAACAGCUCCCCCUACUGUCUGGCAGAGGUAGCAGAAGAAUACAGAGAGAGUAGCGUGUUCCUCCGUAUGUGCUGAGACUCUCUGCCAGGAUUCACAGUUGAUCAGUGUGAAGAUGGGUGGAAUGCAUUUUUUUCUCACCCAUUCAUGUACACAUGUACCCUACAAUUUAGAAGCAGAGGUCAGAGCGCAGGGUCAGUCGUUAACCGGCGCCUCUGGAGCUGAGAGGGUUGAGGGCCCAACAAUGGCUGUAUGGCAGAGCCGAGAUUCAAAACUCGUCGCCUCAGAGUCCACAGGGAAAUCGAGUAUAUCCAAAGAUUUUUCCAGUUCACGAAAGGAAGGAAAAAAGGAAAAAAAUCUUUUUAAACACUUUACUAAACACAAAUCUUUAUCAUUUUCUAUCUUAUUUGAUUUCUUUUGUUCUGCCGUAGACUGAAGUUUUUAUUACACGUUUGUAAAGUUUGUGUGUUUGGGAUGUUUAAUGUGUCACUACAAAUGAUUGUAUUUAUUUUGCCAAAUGUUACUGUUUUUAUAAAGCGAAUCACCUUUUUACUGCCAAAAUGUUCUUUACAUCACGAUGUACAGUUUUGUUUCCCCCUCGUAGAGCUUCAAGAUUUAUUAUUAAUCGUUUACUAUUAUAUUGCAGGAACAAUCUUAGGAAAUGUUUAUUAUUUAAAACGAUAAAAUAAAAGUCAGAAUUAAAUGUA